CGACACUCUUAGAUCUCUCUGGCCCAUCUUACGAUCAAAUCACCAUCGCUUAACUCGUCCACCUCAUCCCUAAUUUGGGUAAGUCCGUUGAAAAAGGGCGUGGGAAUAAUCACCUUCCGAGGUAUAUAUCUUGAGGCCCUAUCAUACAAAGAAUACCCCCAUAGAAUCUCUGUGCUCAUCCGGGCGCUUCCAAAUCAUACUCUCUUAUACUUUGCGCAACUUCCACUUUCUUUGCUCUAAGAUUGAGUAUUUGGGUCACAAUUGAAAUGUCUCCUCCUUCAGCGGUUGAGGCGACCAAUGGGCCUUCGACUAAGCCUUCCAAUAUCGCAGCUCAUGAGCCCGGGCAGAGUGAAGCGGAGGCUAAGGUGAAGAUGCCAAUAUUCCCCGGUCCGCCGAAGUUCGACGAUCCAUAUAAAGAGCGGGCCUAUUUGAAAGGACGGCUUGCUGCUGCUUUUAGGAUCUUUGGUAAAUAUGGGUUCGAUGAAGGAGUUGCUGGUCAUAUCACCCUCAGGGAUCCUGUCGACCCAACAACCUUUUGGGUCAACCCCUUUGGCGUCUCAUUCAGCAUGAUUAAAGCUUCAGAUUUGAUUCUCGUCAAUGAGGAAGGUCGUGUGAUCGAUGGAGGAGAAUGUCGAUUGCUCAACUCAGCGGCGUACAUGAUUCACUCUGCGAUCCAUCAAGCUCGGCCCGAUGUCAAUGCUGCAGCUCACAGCCACAGCAUCUAUGGACGAAGCUUCUGUGCUCUAGGAAGAAAAUUGGAUACGAUUACUCAAGAUUCUUGCGCUUUCUAUAAUGAUCACGUUCUCUACGAGAGCUUCAACGGGAUUGUGCUUGGCGAGGAAGAAGGCAAGAACAUCGCCAAAACUCUAGGGAGUAGCAAAGCUGCACUUCUUCAGAACCACGGUUUGCUCACUUGUGGACAAACAGUCGAAGAGGCUGUAUUCUGGUUUGUGAGUCUUGAGAAGUGCUGCCAUGCACAGUUGAUGGCUGAUGCGGCGGCUGCUGGACGUGGUGGGAGUACGGUUAAGAUUGGAGAGCAGGAAGCACAGUUUACCUACAAUACUGUGGGAACUUCCAAGGCAGGCUGGUUCAGCGCCAAACCUCUCUUUGACCUAAUUCACAAGGAAACUGGAGGCGAGUAUCUCGAGUAAAUGGGCUUUAACUAAGAAAAAGCCAAAAGCAUGUUAUUCGAAUGCACUUCCCAUUCCCAUGGCGUUGGAGGGCUCCCGGUGCAUUUCAUUCCUUCUGCUUAGGCGGCCGUGCUUCGCAACUAUCUUUAGUCCAAGGCCGACUCACCAUCUAAUCUUUCCACAUCUAAACAAUUUCAGCGACGGAAAAUAUAUUCAUCUGAGUACCUGUG